CCGAAAUAAACUCCGCGCUUCAAAGGAGAAUGCUUCAGAGCUGCCUGGCACAGCAGCUGGAAGCCCAGGGCCAGCACAGGAGACAAACUCAGGGAGCAUGUUCUGAGUUCAGUUAAGAAAAUCUCUUUGUUGCCCAGACUUGUGCCCCUGCCACAGAGCCUCUCAGGGAUUUGUCACGUUCUGUGCACUUGUUACUGCUGGGUCUCUCUUCUGGAGACUGGAGGAGAGGCGGCCAGGAUGGCAACCGAGAUCACCACCAGGGGCACACAGCGCGCCAUUGGGCAUGAGGAACUCAGCCUGUACAGCAGCUUGAGUGAGGAGGAGCUGGUCCAGAUGGCCAUUGAGCAGAGCCUGGCAGAUAAGACUCGGGGCCCAACCCCUGCUGAGACCACUGCGUCCUCUCAGACCAACCACCAGCCAGGCCAUUUCCCCACAUGGGCCAGGUCCUCCUCUUCUCCUGAGAGCCCACCGACCCGUGCACCCCUGGGCCUGUUCCAAGGGGUCAUGCAGAAGUACAGCAGCAACCUGUUCAAGACCUCCCAGACAGCGGCUAUGGACCCUGUGCUGAAGGCCAUCAAGGAAGGGGAUGAGGAAGCCUUGAAGGUCAUGAUCCAGGAUGGGAAGAAUCUUGCAGAGCCCAACAAGGAGGGCUGGCUGCCGCUACACGAGGCUGCCUACUAUGGCCAGCUGGGCUGUCUGAAAGUCCUGCAGCAAGCCUACCCAGGGACCAUUGACCAGCGCACACUGCAGGAAGAAACAGCAUUGUAUCUGGCUGCAUGCAGGGAACACCUGGACUGCCUCCUGUCGCUGCUCCAGGCGGGGGCAGAGCCUGACAUCUCUAACAAAUCAAGGGAGACUCCGCUUUACAAAGCCUGUGAGCGCAAGAACGCAGAGGCAGUGAGGACACUGGUGCAGUACCACGCAGACACCAACCACCGCUGCAACCGGGGCUGGACGGCGCUGCAUGAGUCUGUCUCCCGCAAUGACCUGGAAGUCAUGGAGAUCCUAGUGAGUGGUGGGGCCAAGGUGGAGGCCAAGAACGUCUACAGCAUCACUCCUCUGUUUGUGGCUGCCCAGAGCGGGCAGCUGGAGGCUCUGAGGUUCCUGGCCAAGCAUGGUGCAGACAUCAACACACAGGCCAGCGACAGCGCAUCAGCCCUCUACGAAGCCUGCAAGAAUGAACAUGAAGACGUGGUGGAGUUUCUUCUCUCCCAGGGUGCUGAUGCCAACAAAGCCAACAAGGAUGGCCUGCUUCCUCUGCACGUGGCCUCCAAGAAGGGCAACUACAGGAUAGUGCAAAUGCUGCUGCCCGUGACCAGCCGCACUCGCGUGCGCCGCAGCGGCAUCAGCCCUCUGCACCUGGCGGCCGAGCGCAACCACGACGCGGUGCUGGAGGCGCUGCUGGCCGCGCGCUUCGACGUGAACGCGCCCCUGGCGCCGGAGCGCGCGCGUCUCUACGAGGACCGCCGCACCUCCGCGCUCUACUUUGCCGUGGUCAACAACAACGUGUACGCCACCGAGCUGCUGCUGCUGGCCGGCGCUGACCCCAACCGCGACGUCAUCAGCCCUCUGCUCGUGGCCAUCCGCCACGGCUGCCUGCGCACCAUGCAGCUGCUGUUGGACCACGGCGCCAACAUCGACGCCUACAUCGCCACGCACCCCACCGCCUUCCCCGCCACUAUCAUGUUUGCCAUGAAGUGCCUGUCGCUGCUCAAGUUCCUCAUGGACCUCGGUUGCGAUGGCGAGCCUUGCUUUUCCUGCCUGUACGGCAACGGGCCGCACCCGCCCGCCCCUCGAUCCAGCCGUUUCCACGACCCACCCGUGGAUGACAAGGCACCCAGCGUGGUGCAGUUCUGUGAGUUCCUGUCGGCCCCAGAAGUGAGCCGCUGGGCGGGGCCCAUCAUCGAUGUCCUUCUGGACUAUGUUGGCAACGUGCAGCUAUGCUCCCGCCUGAAGGAGCACAUUGAUAGCUAUGAGGACUGGGCCAUCAUCAAGGAGAAGGCAGAACCUCCGAGACCUCUGGUUCACCUCUGCCGUCUGCGGGUUCGGAAGGCCAUAGGAAAAUACCGGAUAAAACUCCUAGACACACUGCCGCUCCCGGGCAGGCUAAUCAGAUACCUGAAAUAUGAGAACACACAGUAGCAGGCCUGGAGAGGAGACUUCAGACUGGCACUUCAGACUGUUUCCAUGACACCCCAGCUGACCUGUAUCCAAGAGCACCUGGGGUCAGAAUGAGGCUGCAGAGUAUGGUCUUGCUGGGUCUCUGUACUAGAGCUUCCAUUCAAAGCGAGAGCCGGACGUGUGGAGUAGGCGAGGAACCUCCCGUUUCAGACUGUGGAAUGGAUCACAGACCUGCUCUGCCGUUGUGAAUAGCCAGAGACCUUCAACCUGGGGCCAGGGCAGAGCUGGUCUGGGAAAGACAGCCCAGGCAGGAAGCCUAGGCUUCAGUUGGAGAACUUGUGGAACGACCUGUGAAUCCCUUACUGGACUCUGAGCUUUCAGGUUGGGAGGGGGACCCUCAGCCUGAGUCUUCAUUGAGUACAAUAAAUGUU